GGGGGGCCAUGAUCGCCGUGUCCAUCCCGGCCGCGGAGCCCGAGGCGGCGGCGCGCGGCCCCGAGAAGCCGCACACGGUGUUCAGGGUGGAGGUGCUGUGCAAUGGCCGGCGGCACACGGUGGCCAAGCGCUACAGCGAGUUCCAGGCGCUGCACAAGCGGAUCAAGAAAACCUGCAAGGUCCCGGACUUCCCUCCCCGCCGGGUCCCCAACUGGAUGCCCAAAGUGCUGGAGCAGCGCCGGCAGGGCCUGGAGCUUUACAUCCAGGGUGUCCUGUACCACAACGCGGAGCUCCCCCCGGAGGUGCUGGACUUCCUGAAGGUGCGGCAUUUCCAGCCGGACCCCAGGGCCGGCAGCCUGCCCUCCUCCAGCCGCUUUGCCGCGGAGGCGAGCAGGCCUGGCUGCCUGCCUUCCCAGCGGCCUGUGAUGAGUUUCUGCCGAGACCCCUAUGUACGGCCACCAUCCACAGAUCUGCUUCCUGAUACAGUCCUGAGCGGCGUGCUGCAGGGUCUCUACGUCCCGGAGAGCUGCUCCUCUCGCAAGGCAGCGCCGCGGGGCCUCGGCCAGCCAGGCUCCUGAGCGCACGCACGCAGCACCCGCCGCCUCCCCGCCGCCGCUAAGGGUAGGCUGGCUCCGCGAGGGGCCCUCCCCGCUCACCGGCUGGGUGUCCUGGACCUCAGGGGAGGGAUGUAGUGGUGGGGCCUGGCUCCACAUCUCGCACUAGAAACACUGUUCAUGUAAAGCACGUGUGUGAUGCAGCCGCAGUGGCCGGCCAGGCCUGCUAGGAAGGCCCACAGCAGUGACAUUCUCUAGGACAGGGAGCUAGAAAGCAAGAGGGGCUGCUCUCAGACAGGAAAAUUGAGGAUGGAAGAAGCCAAAUGGUACAGCAGGAGCCACAGCUGCUCGCCAGACUAGAGCUGGCUUGUACCUGCUCUAACCAUGGCAAUUCAAGCCCUCGAGUGCCUUAGUUUUAAGCGCAGGAGUUCUGCCUUCUGCACUCUUGUUUUGGGUUUGCGGGAGGAGCCUUUGGACUCUGAACUGUACUGGGAAAACCCCUCAGUGUCUGGGUUUCUGGCAUUUGGGAGACUGUGCAAUAAAUCACUCAGGCUUGAUUGGCA